AUGUCUCUCCUCCUUCAUCAUUGCAUACAGCAGAUUGUAGAGAGUGUUCAUCACUGCCAUGUCAAUGGUAUCGUUCACAGGGACCUGAAGCCUGAGAACCUCCUAUUGGCCAGUAAGCUGAAGGGGGCGGCGGUUAAGCUAGCUGACUUUGGGCUCGCCAUCGAGGUGCAGGGCGACCAACAGGCAUGGUUUGGUUUUGCUGGUACACCAGGCUACCUGUCUCCAGAGGUUCUGAGAAAAGACCCAUAUGGGAAGCCUGUGGACAUGUGGGCCUGUGGGGUGAUCCUGUACAUCCUAUUGGUCGGUUACCCUCCCUUCUGGGACGAGGACCAACACAGACUGUACCAGCAGAUCAAGGCUGGGGCCUACGAUUUCCCGUCCCCAGAGUGGGACACAGUGACUCCUGAUGCCAAAGACCUGAUCAAUAAGAUGUUGACCAUCAACCCCGGAAAACGCAUCACCACCGGAGAGGCCCUCAAACACCCCUGGAUCUGUCAACGGUCCACUGUAGCUUCCAUGAUGCACAGACAGGAGACUGUGGAGUGUCUGAAGAAGUUCAACGCCAGGAGAAAACUCUCGGGAGCCAUUUUGACCACUCUGCUGGUAACAAAAAACUUCUCAGCAGUCAAGAGUCUGCUGAACAAGAAGGCUUCCUUGAUGACCAGUCCUAAAGCCAACACAGUGACCAGUCCUAAAGACACCAGCUUAACCCCAGCACUGGAACCCCAGACCACAGUGAUCCACAACCCAAUAGAUGGGAAGAAGGAGUCUAUAGAGAGCGCCAACACCACCAUCGAGGACGAGGAUGUCAAAGCUCGGAAGCAGGAAAUCAUCAAAGUCACCGAGCAGCUGAUCGAAUCCAUCAACAACGGAGACUUCGAGGCCUACGGGAAGCUCUGUGAUCCUGGUCUGACGUCGUUUGAACCAGAAGCUCUGGGGAACCUGGUAGAGGGACAUGACUUCCAUCGCUUCUACUUCGACAACGCCCUGUCUAAAGGGAGCAAGCCGGUGCACACCAUCCUCCUCAACCCUCACGUCCAUCUGAUAGCGGAGAACGCUGCGUGCAUCGCCUACAUCCGCCUGAGCCAGUACAUGGACGCGGGGGGGAUGCCUCGCACCAUGCAGUCUGAGGAGACCCGCGUCUGGCAUCGCAGAGAGGGAAAGUGGCAGAACAUACACUUCCACCGCUCGGGCUCGCCCAGCGUACCAUCCCAGUAA